AUGUCUGCCGGUGAUAUCAGUAUAGCGAAGAAAGGUAGUAGUAAGAAAUCCAGAAGAAGAAAGAAGAGAAGAACAGCUGAUAGUGAUUCUGAUUCGUCAUCUAGUUCUGGAGGAGAAUCUGAUACCAAUCUAGAGAAAGUAGAACCAAGUAAAGAAGAAAAGGAAGAAAGUGAUAUUGAUAUAGAAUUAUCGGAUAUUGAAAAUGAAGAUGUGAAAUCAAAGAGUAAUGUUGAACAUUUUGAAGAUGAGACUAAAGAUGCAUUAAAAUCUAUUCCAUAUACUACCACUCAAUUAACUGAAAAGAUGAAUAAUUAUAAUUCUAAUAAUGGUGAGAGUAUUGAAUUACAUAAAGUUCAAGAUACCAUUAAUCAAGCCAAACUUAAAUUGCAAGAACAUUCUAAUAAUCAAAAUAAUAAUAAUAAUUAUAAUAAUAUAUCGAACUCCCAAAAUGAAGUAUCGAAUAAUGCAAAUGUUGAAAAUAAAGCAGAAAAAAAUAAAUUUUUAAGUUUAUUAUUCGAACAUUACGGGGAUGAAGUUAAUGAAUUGAGAAAUGCACCUGAUUUUACAGCUAAAUCAUUAGUAGUCUUGGCAGAUGUAUUGAAAGAUGGUACAGGGAUGUUUGAUUCUGACACGUUGAAGACUAUCUUGCAAGAUUCUGCAUGA